UCGGCGCGGUCCGGCGCUCUGAUUUUACGCGCAAGCGUUGAUUUUGUCUGUCUGUUUAACACGGGCGAACAUGAGGUCCACAUGACGCAAAAGAGCAGGAUAUUCCUCCAGGACAGUUUGAGGGUUACUUCUGCACCUGAAUGCGAGCAGAGAGUGAGAACUCGACGAGAAAGAUCGCGCAGGUGUUCAGCAGCCCGAACCUCGCGAAGAAUGCAACUUCUCACCUGCGCAUAAGAGGCUGCAGGCCUAUGAAUGGGACUGUGCUGUGGCCAACACUGCUUUCGGGACUUCAGUCAAGACUAUGUGCUGCCCAUGUGCCACUCUGAAUGCACUGGCCAGCUGUUUGCGAGAGCAGGGAGGGUGGGGCGGCCCACCGGGGGCGAGGUGGAAACAGGGCAAUGCCCCCUCCGUUCCGGAUCGCAGUGCUGGGAGCUCAGGGGGUGGGCAAGACGGCCAUUGUGCAGCGCUUUCUUCACGAUGACUACAGUGAGGUGGCGGUGUCCAGUAAGACACGGCGGAUGCAUCUUUCUGCCGCAGUGCUCAAUGGUCAUGUGCAUGACCUUCAGAUCACAGAUUAUCCAGCCAUCAGCAGCUUUCCUGUCAGCUCUCUACAGGAAUGGUCAGAUGUUUGCUGUCGAGGCAUUCGGAGCGCUCAUGUCUACGUUCUGGUUUAUGACAUCUGCUGUUUCGACAGCUUUGAGUAUGUCAAGACCAUGCGGCAGCAGAUCUUAGAGAACAGAGUUAUGGGCUCUGGAGAGACGCCCAUUCUGAUUGUCGGCAACAAACGUGAUCUGCAGCGAGGUCGCGUCAUCCCUCGACACAGCGUAUCUGACUUAGUCCGAAAGAGCUGGAAGUGUGGAUAUGUGGAGUGCUCUGCCAAGUUCAACUGGCACAUUUUACUGUUGUUCGGAGAGGCUCUCCGCAGCGUGGGUUGUGCCCGCUGCAAGCACGUCCAUGCCACCAUCCGUUUCCAGCGGGCGCUCAGGAGAGAGAGAUGCGUCCUAAUGUGAGCUCGCUGUUUCUCUUCUACAGAGCUCAUUCUAAAGCGGUUUAUGGCUAUGGACACUCCAUUAUUGUGUGGGCAGCUGGAAGAGCUGUGAUAACCCUCAUGCCAAGGAACUUAACAUUUGGGAGUCUAACUAUGGACAGACAGAUGUGGGCUUAUAACAGGAAGUCCCUGUUGCUUCAUUACUUAAGCCUUCAAACUGAUGUCUCCGCUUUUGGCCUGGAAGAACACAACCAACACCUCUGCCUCUUAUCUUAGAAAUCCAAACUGCCAAAAGGCUGGUGGAAGACAACUAAAUUCAGCUUUAAUAUUACGUUUAAUACACUUGCUUAUGUUCAGGCCAGGACAGCACAUAGACGCUCCUCUAUGCUUAUGAGCUUAAGGAUCUUCUAGUUCCUGCAAGCAGAAGUGUUUCCCAGCUCAGGUGCCAUAUGCAGGCACUGAUUCGGCAAUACACCACACAACACAAAUUAUACAAAGAAUCUAUGUUCUAUGGAUACUUCUGUGUUUUUAAAGGGAUAGUUCACUGACAAAUGGCAUAAUAUACUCACCUCUGUGUUGUU